AGAUACAAUAGCUGUGCAGGUAUCUCCAAACUUUUCUCCUUCAUAGCAGAUACGAUAGCGGUGCAGUAUCUCCAAACUUUUCUCCUUCAUAGCAGAUACGAUAGCGGUGCAGUAUAAAACUUUUCUCUUUAACUUUCUCCUUCAUAGCAGAUACCGUGGUCGGUGCAGUGAAGAUGAGUGCCAACAAUACUCCCAAGAAUGUUGGAGGGCAGAGAAUCAAGGGUGAGCUCAAUGAGCAAGGUGCUAGAUCGAGGAUCAACACCAUCAACCGCGUGAAGGAAGCCUGGGGAGUCUCUGAGCUUAUCGACAUUUUCCCGAGGAAUAUCAGACCCACGGAUCAGCUUGGUAGCACUACCAUCACUAACCUCCGCGCCAUCUCCAACCUCUGCCCCGAUCUUAGUAAGGCUCAGGCUGGGAUGCUUAGGGUCUGCAGGAACUCUGAUGGAUCCUACAAACCGUUCAGCUUCAGUCAGAGCAAGGCGUUUGUGGAACAACUCAAGGAGGCGAAGAGCAUGCUUUCUGGAGUUGACAAUCAGUCUGCCAAGAAGAAAGGAGCCACCCCGAGUGCUGCGACUCCAAACACUCCUGCCAAAUUCGAUUCCCCUACUCCACCAUCAUCCCCGCUGAAGGCUAAACAAGCCAAAAAGGAUAAGGCUCAAGCUGCAGGCCAAGAAUUGUUAGCCUCCAUUGGAAAAGCUUCCGUGGAAUCUGCCGCCGAAGACGAUGACGAGGGCAACUCUAUCGUUGUCGAUACAGCUCCGAGACAGAAACCUAACAAGAAAGCUAGAGCUUCGCUCGGCCAAGAGAAGCAUGGACAGACCCCGGCGCCAACGAUGGCUGCGGCAGCCCUUGUUGCCGUCAUGACCACCGAAGGUUCCCAGAGCCCUACCAAGGCGCCGACAGUGCCUGUUGCUGUCAUGUCCACCAAAGAAUCACAGGCCCCUGGUUCGAGAGCAAAUCCUCUCAAGGAGUCAAAGAUCAAUUUUGUUGGCCAUGAUUCCGACUCCGAAGAUUCUGGUUCCGAAGACACGGGAAUUCCCCCCGCUAUCCUCGACCUGGUGAACGGCAAUGCCCCACCUGCCAAAGCCACCGACAAUGGCUUUGGAAAGGCAACUGAGAAGCCUACCAAAAGUCGAUUCGCUACUACUGAGACGGUCGGCCGAAUGGUUGUUCCAAGCAGAGAAUUGGUGCACCCUUUCAACAACAAAAAGAAGAAGCGUCUUGAACAGAGUGAAACUUCCAACCCACCAACGAUCGACAACAAACCUACUCAGGUCAGGAAGCCUUUCAUGAACUUGAUGACCUCUACUGCUCCGAAGAAGAUCAUGACUUUCGAACCACCCAAGCAGCGCAUCCAGAAACCUGGCGAUAUGAAGAAGGAACUCGGACUCGUUAUUCACCCCGGAUCAGGAAUUCAGAACGCCGAUUCCAACAUGGGCACCCAGAAGCUUAUGAGGCCUCAACACGACACCGUCAUUUCUCCAGCUGAAGUCAGCAACGCCGUGACCACCAUGGAAGACAUACAGCACCAGGUCCAGCAGGUCCAGCAGGUUGAGCCUACCAACCCAAACACCACAACCACCAGAACCCAGCUCCCUACCUCACCCAAGAAGCGCACCGCCUCCGCCAUGCUCCGCGCCGCCGAUGAUCCCAACCCCCAAGUCGAGCGUUCCAUCCGCGCCCGCCUGGAUCAACACGCUGCUCCCUAUAACAGCUCGAGAGCAAUUUCAGAUCUCUUGCAAUUUGAGCUCGUCACUAAGACUCUCGCCCAGGCUGCUAUGGAAUCCGUCACCGCUUCGUCGUUUGCUGGUGUUGGUGGUGAGGACAAGAAGGCUGAGGAGUCCAAGGGAAAGUAUCUGGCGUUCUUGACUUCGUUCAUGGCUAGUGUUAGGGGUCUCAAGCGGGACCUCCUGGAGAUUGCUGAGAGGGAGGAGUAGUGGUUGAUUUCGGUUUAUUUUCUGCGGGAGGCCCGGAUGGUUAUGAGGGAUGCGAAUAUGAGGCGCUGGAGUAUUGAGGCAUGGGUUCAGUUCAUUUUCUGUGGUCUUGACGGGUAGGUUACGGGAUAUGAGGAUAUGAGGCGCAGGAGUAUUGAGACAUGAUUUCAGUUCAUUUUCUAUGGUCAGCGUAGACAGAUUACGAGAGAUUAGAAUAUGAAACAUUGGAG